AUGAGAUGGACCCAGCGAUACGGUAUUGUGGCGAUAGCCAUCAUUGUUGUGCUUGCAUUAAUAUUCGUUUUACAACAAAAACAACAUUAUGAAGAACAAACAAGACAAACAAUUGAAACAUUACAAAAUCGUAUUGAUUAUGUUUCACGUCUUAAUGAUGAACAUUUACAAGAACUAUCAAGUAUAAAACAACAAAAUAUUCGUUUAAUUCGUUCAUUUAAUUCAAUAAAAGCUUGUCAUCGUCGUAAUAAUAUUUCAACAAAUUCAAUAUCUAAUAGUACAAUAACAGAUGAAACAUUUAAUGAUAAUACAGUUGAUUCAUUAAAGAAUGGUUUUCAUUUACCACCUAGUUUUAGUUAUUUAAAACAUCUUUCCGGUAGAUAUGAUAUGUUAUCACCAGCAUUUCGUCGUCAAACAACAAAUACAAAUUCUUUACGAUCAAAUGUUUCAUUUAUUAUUGGUAUACCAACGGUUAAACGUGAUAAACAAUCUUAUCUUAUUGAAACAAUUAAAUCUUUAAUUGAUAAUUUAAAUAAUGAUGAUAUGGAACGUUCAUUAAUCGUUAUAUUUAUUGCUGAACCAUUAGAUAUUGAAUAUGUUCGAACAACAGCACAGCAAAUAGAAAAACUUUAUAAUAAAUAUAUUGAGAAUGGUUUAAUUGAAAUUAUAAGUCCACCAAUGGAAUUUUAUCCUGAUUUUGAUAAUUUAAAAUUAAGUUUAAAUGAUGAUAAACAACGUGUUAAAUGGCGUACAAAACAAAAUUAUGAUUUUACUUAUUUAAUGAUGUAUUCAUCAAUACGAGGAAAAUAUUAUAUACAAUUAGAAGAUGAUGUUGUUACUAAACCUGCAUAUAUUCAAAUUAUUGAAAGUUUUAUAAAUAAACAAAAAGAUCAAGAUUGGUUUAUGUUAGAAUAUUCAAGUUUAGGUAAUUUUCAUUGAAACAAAAAAAUAUUAUUUGACAUGUCUGAAUGUGAUCAACAUAGUUUGUAGAAGGUUAGACUUAAUGAUAAGAUUGAUAGAAUAUUAAAAAAAUAAAUCCCAGUAGAAUUUCAAUGACGUCGAGGUAAACAAUAAAUGAUAUUUAGUCACGAGAUGAUUGAUUGAAUUGUAUUAAGCAAUGUCCCUGAUGUAUAUAGAACUUCAAACAGAAGAUUUUAUAUAAAUGGUUAACUUUUUAUUACCAAUCUCAGAAGAAUUCUGGAAGUAGGUAUGCACCAGUCCUUCAAGUCAUUAAAAUUUACUAUCGAUUAAACG